CAGCGGAGGCCGUUCAAACACUGCUAAACCCUGUCUUCUCUCUUGUUUUCUCCUUUUUCCUCUGAAGACCAAAAAUGGCUUCCGGGCCUUCCAGCGGCAGAAAUAACCAGACCAAGAAGAAGCUAAAGAAAGAAAAGAAACGAGCCGGAGUUAAAUCGGAGGAGCAACUCGAACUGUUUGAUUCACUUCCCUGGAACCCAUCUCUCCCCGAUAAAGACGAUGCUUAUUCUUUCCUUAUUGGCUCCAAUGAGCUCGAAGGAGGAUUUCUGUCGCUCGAAGAAAUUGAUGAGACAGAGUAUGCAUUGGACAUUCCAAAGCCCCAUAAUGAAAGCGCAGAGAAAAUAUUGAAAAGGAAGUCAAAAUCGAAGAAAAGGAAGGUAAGUGAACAUGAUGACAGUUCUGUGGCUGAGGAUGAGGGUGGAAAUGAAGAGAGACCUGAAGAGGAGGAGGUGGUGGAGGGGGAACUGAAAGAAUUGAAACAAAAUAAGAAGAGAAAGAAGAAAAAAAAGAAUAAAACUCAAAAGAAGGGUAAGUUGGAAAAUGCAGCUGAGGAAAAUGCAGAACUAGCAGUCGUUGCCGAUGGCAAGGAGGAUGUUGAUGAGGAAUCGGUUGAUGAAAGUGAAUACUUGGCAUGGAAUGAGCUUAGACUUCAUCCUCUGCUAAUGAAAUCAAUACACAGGCUGAAAUUUAAAGAACCAACACCGAUACAGAAAGCAUGUAUUCCUGCUGCAGCUCAUCAAGGAAAGGAUGUUGUUGGUGCUGCAGAGACUGGGUCUGGUAAAACACUUGCAUUUGGUUUGCCCAUUCUACAACGACUUCUAGAAGAACGAGACAAAGUUGAGAAGCUGAUUUCAGAAUAUGAAGAGGCAGAUGAAAGAAUUGCUUCAAGAGGCUUUUUACGGGCUCUCAUAAUUACUCCUACUAGAGAACUUGCACUUCAGGUCACAGAUCAUCUCAAGGAAGUUGCAAAGCCUACCAAUGUUAGGGUGGUGCCCAUUGUUGGUGGGAUGUCAACAGAGAAACAGGAAAGACUACUUAAAUCAAGGCCUGAGAUUGUUGUUGGAACUCCAGGGAGAUUAUGGGAGCUCAUGUCAGGUGGAGCGGUUCAUCUUACAGAGCUUCAUUCGCUGUCUUUUUUUGUGCUGGAUGAGGCUGAUCGCAUGAUUGAAAAUGGCCAUUUUCGUGAGUUGCAGUCCAUAAUUGAUAUGCUUCCGGUGACUAGUGGAUCAGAUGAUGCUCAAUCUCAUAAUACAGAAAACUGUGUUACAGUUUCAAGCUUGCAAAGAAAGAAAAGGCAAACUUUUGUUUUCUCUGCUACUAUUGCGCUUUCUGCUGAUUUUCGUAAGAAGCUAAAGCAUGGAUCCCUCAAGUCUAAGCCAAAUGACGGGUUAAAUUCCAUAGAAACUCUCUCUGAGCGAGCUGGAAUGAGAGCAAGUGCUGCUAUUAUUGAUCUAACCAACGCCUCAAUUCUGGCACAUAAUUUGGAGGAAUCAUUUAUUGAGUGCAAGGAAGAAGAUAAAGAUGCUUAUUUAUUCUAUCUAUUAAGCCUCCAUGGACAAGGCCGAACCAUUAUUUUCUGCACAUCAAUUGCGGCUUUACGCCACAUUUCUUCCAUUCUGCGCAUUCUUGACAUAAAUGUUUGGACCCUGCAUGCCCAAAUGCAGCAGCGAGCACGCCUUAAGGCAGUUGAUCGUUUUCGUGCUACUGAGCAUGGUAUACUUAUUGCCACUGAUGUUGCAGCAAGAGGACUUGAUAUUCCUGGUGUACGAACCGUCAUUCACUACCAGCUUCCGCAUUCAGCUGAAGUUUAUGUUCAUAGAAGUGGAAGAACAGCCAGGGCUCUUUCUGAUGGAUGCAGUAUCGCUCUAAUCUCCCCAAAUGAAACAUCAAAAUUUGCUGGUUUGUGCAAAUCAUUUGCAAAGGAAAAUUUUCGGAGAUUUCCUAUAGACAUUUCAUACAUGCCGGAAGUUAUGAAACGAUUAUCUCUUGCUCGUCAAAUAGAUAAAAUCUUGCGGAAAGACUCCCAGGAAAAAGCCAAGAAGAGCUGGCUUGAGAGGAAUGCAGAGUCAAUUGAAUUAGUUCUAGAUGAUAAUGAUAGUGAGGAUGAAAGAGUGAACAAACACAAACAGAAGAAAGCCUCUUCUGCUCACCUAAAAAAGAUGCAACAGGAGUUGAAUACUCUUCUCUCUCGGCCAUUGCAACCCAAAACAUUUUCGAAUCGCUUCUUGGCAGGGGCUGGUGUUUCACCUGUCCUUCAAAACCAAUUUGAGGAAUUAGCUAGGCAGAAACUUGCAGAUUCAAAUACUUCAGCACAAAACAAAAGGAGAAAAUUGGUGAUUAUUGGCCAGGAUUGCGUGGAACCUCUUCAGGCACUUAGAAGUACUGGAGAAGAGGCCUGCCAAGAUCUGAAAGAGAUUGCAGAGAAAAGAAAGAAUAUGGAAAACUUGAGAAGGAAGAGGAAAGAAGAGAAAAAACGUUUGCAUGAUCAAAGGCGAAAGCAGAGGAAGAAGCUAAAAGGGGGAAGUUAGUGAAGCCGUUGGAGUACUACUAAAGAUUCUAAAAGAAAACGAUUCAGCACGUAAUUCUUCUGAUAGGUCAGUUUAACAGUGGCACGGCCUGGUCCUGGGGGAAUGAUGGGAAAGGAAUCUAGUCGACACCAUGCAUUGUUGGUUGAUUCUUUUUGCAAUGGCAGCAACUUUACGAAAAACAUCUCAUGGAUAGCUCCACAACUAUUCUACAGCUUCAACUAGUAGGGACGAAGCAGUGGUAUUCCCCCAUCUAAUUUCAUUUUCAUUCUUGACACAAAGAUUUACUUAGGCGUUUAGGGAUAUUUUGAUGGCAAUACUUGAUUGUAUGUUUCCUUUCUGAAAGUGCCAAGGCAUUGUCAAAGAAAUUUACACUAACAUAUACUAGUUGUUUUCUUUUAAAUGCAAUUCUUGUCAUAGCAUCCCAGUAGAAUGCCUAUAAUUGUACUUGAAGUCCCACCUAUUCCUGUGGGAACCUAUUUUAGUUGUUUGAUUUUAUAUGUUUUUUGCUCCA